GCUGGCAGAUUUAGAAAUGAUUAAUAAUAUUUCUACUUUUGUGAGGCGGGGUCCUCAAGUCACAGCAUUCCCAACUCGUUUGGUGAGCUGUCCUGAGCAGCUGCUGAAGUUUACAGAAGCACAACUUUCAUCGGUUGUUGAUAACGUUGUGGAAGUGUAGUAGCAUGUGGUGGAGUAUGGAGGUGUUGAGAGUGUGUGUGGCGUGUUUGUCGUUGUGUGUGUCUGCGAUCAGCGCUUUCUCUCAGUCUCUGGACAGUGACUUCACCUUCACUCUACCCGCGGGACGCAAAGAGUGCUUCUUCCAGACUAUGAAGAAAGACGCUUCACUGGAGAUCGAGUACCAGGUUCUGGAUGGAGCGAGUCUAGAUGUGGACUUCUACUUACAGUCGCCCAGCGGUCACGUUAUAGCCACUGACUACAGAAAAUCUGAUGGAGUUCAUGCAGUGGAAACAGAAGAGGGAGACUACAUGUUCUGUUUUGAUAAUACAUUCAGUGCGGUUUCUGAGAAAGUCAUCUUCUUUGAGUUGAUUUUGGACAAUAUGGGGGACGGCGAGGAAUCGGAGGACUGGAAAGCAUACGUGCAGGGAGCAGACCUUCUGGACAUGAAGCUGGAGGAUAUCAUGUUGGAGAAGUGA